CCUUCUGCCGCCUCUGCUGCAGUGCUACCUUGUAACGCAGCCUGUCAAUGGAGCUCGAAAACAUUGUGGCCAACACGGUUCUGCUAAAAGCCAGAGAAGGAGGUGGAGGAAAGCGCAAGGGAAAAAGCAAAAAGUGGAAAGAUAUAUUGAAAUUUCCACACAUAAGUCAGUGUGAGGACCUGAGAAGAAAUACAGAAAAAAAUUAUCAUAACUUGUGUGAGAAACAGCCGAUUGGGAGGCUUCUCUUCCGCCAAUUCUGCGAAGCUCAGCCAGAGCUGGAAUGCCUCAUUCACUUUUUGGAUGCUGUGGCCGAGUAUGAGGUCACACCUGAUGAAAAACUAGGAGAGAAAGGAAAAGAAAUUCUUGUCAAAUACCUCAACCCAGAGUCCCCAGUUUUUGUCUCUGAAGUUGGUCAAGACAUUGUUCACCAAAUGGAGGAAAAGCUGGUGAUCAGCCCAUUCAAAGAGCUUUUUUGUCACUGUGCAAAAUCUGUCCAUGACUACCUGAGCGGCGAACCCUUUCAGAGCUACCUGAGCAGUAUGUAUUAUGACCGCUUCCUGCAAUGGAGAUGGCUAGAAAGGCAGCCUGUAACGAAGAAUACUUUCCGGCAGUACAGGGUUCUUGGCAAAGGGGGUUUCGGGGAGGUGUGCGCGUGUCAGAUCCGAGCCACAGGGAAGAUGUAUGCCUGUAAAAGGCUAGAGAAGAAGAGAAUCAAGAAGCGGAAAGGUGAAUCAAUGGCACUGAAUGAGAAGCAAAUAUUAGAGAAAGUCACCAGCAGAUUUGUGGUAAAUUUGGCGUAUGCAUAUGAGACAAAGGAUGCGCUGUGCCUGGUUCUGACAUUAAUGAACGGUGGUGACCUCAAAUUCCACAUUUAUAACAUGGGAAACCCAGGCUUUCAAGAGGAGAGGGCUUCAUUUUAUGCUGCCGAAAUACUGUGUGGGCUGGGGGACCUGCACCGGGAGAACAUUGUGUACAGAGAUCGGAAACCAGAAAACAUUUUGUUAGACGAUUAUGGUCAUAUAAGAAUAUCAGAUUUGGGUCUAGCUGUAAAAAUCCCAGAGGGAGAGACAAUUCGGGGCCGGGUUGGGACAGUUGGGUACAGCCCCGAGGUUCUGAAUAACCUACGUUAUUCCUUCAGCCCGGAUUACUGGGGACUGGGCUGCCUGAUUUAUGAGAUGAUUGCAGGGCAGUCUCCAUUUCGGGGCAGGAAGGAGAAAGUUAAGCGAGAGGAAGUGGACAGACGAGUUCUGGAGACAGAGGAAGUCUAUACUACAAAGUUUUCUGAAGAGGCUAAAUCUGUGUGUAACAUGCUACUCACCAAAGAUGUGAAGCAAAGACUGGGGUGCCAGGAUGGGAGGACGGCAGACGUAAAGCGACACCCCUUCUUCAGAGCUAUAAACUUCAAGCGAUUAGAAGCAGGAAUUAUGGAUCCCCCUUUCAUCCCUGAUCCUCGUGCGGUGUACUGUAAAGAUGUCUUGGACAUAGAACAGUUCUCCACAGUUAAAGGUGUCAACUUGGACCAAACAGAUGAUGAUUUCUACACAAAGUUUUCCACUGGCUCUGUAUCCAUCCCCUGGCAAAAUGAGAUGGUAGAGACAGAAUGCUUUAAGGAGCUCAACCUUUUCGGGCCAAAUGGUACACUCUCUCCUGAUCUGAACAGGAGUCAUCCGCCAGAACCACCAAAAAAAAGUUUGCUUCAUCGUAUCUUUAAACGUCAGCACCAAAAUAAUUCCAACCUCUCGCUGGGGAACAAGUCCUCUUUAAACCAUCACAUGAAUGCUAACCACAUCAGUUCCAACUCUACUGGGAGCAGCUAGUGAUACUCAAUCACCAGUGAGAGAAACAUCAUGUGGUCUGAUGACCCUCCUCCGCUACUGAUAGCGAGAGAGAGGGAGAGAGAAAAGGGGAAAAUAAAGGAGGAGAGCCAGGAAUCUCACUGCCGGCUUUCACAAGGAGAAGUCUGUGUAUUUGUGUUAGAUGGGACUGAUCAAGGGGAGAGUUUAUUUUCUCUCUCUUACAGUAAUGCCUCACAAAGGAUGGAGUAAAACGUUUGCUCAGGUCUGUGCUCGGGUGAGGGGAGCACGCGUCCCCCUUUUGCGACUGGUGUGGAAUACAAAAAAUAAAUAAACAUAUCUCCCAUCUCCUUACAACUUUGCAAUAGGAACAUUGCUGCCUGCAUGAAACAAGAUUAACAAAGCACCAUACAUAAGGAGAACAGUCCACCCUUGGUCCUAACAUUACCAU